AUGCGGGAGCGGCACCGGCGCGCCAUCACUAGCCGCAUGCUGGCCGGGCUCCGGCAGCACGGGAACUUCCCGCUCCCCGCCCGCGCCGACAUGAACGACGUCCUCGCCGCCCUCGCCCGCGCCGCCGGCUGGACUGUGCAACCCGACGGCACCACCUUCCGCUCCUCCAACCAACCACUCCUGCCUCCACCUCCUCCCCAGCUGCAUGGAGUGUUUCAGGUUGCUUCUGUGGAAAACCCAGCUUUACUCAACACUCUGAGCAGUUAUGCCAUCGGAACACCAUUAGAUUCUCAGGCAUCUGCCCUACAAACAGAUGACAGUCUGUCACCAUCUUCACUGGACUCAGUUGUGGCAGACCGAAGUAUAAAGACUGAGAACUACGGGAAUUCCAGUUCAGUCAGCUCUCUCAACUGUAUGGACAAUGAUCAGCAGUUAAUGAGAUCAUCAGUAGUGUUCCCCGGUGAUUACACCAAAACUCCAUAUAUACCAGUUUAUGCUUCUCUGCCUAUGGGCAUUAUUAAUAGUCACUGCCAGUUAGUUGACCCAGAGAGUGUACGCGCUGACCUAAGGCAUCUGAAGUCUCUGAACGUGGAUGGGGUUGUUGUUGACUGUUGGUGGGGGAUUGUGGAAGCCUGGACUCCUCGGAAGUAUGAAUGGUCUGGUUACAGAGACCUUUUUGGUAUAAUUAAAGAGUUCAAGCUGAAAGUUCAGGUUGUAUUGUCAUUUCAUGGGUCUGGAGGGACUGGAUCUGGUGAUCUGUUAAUCUCUCUCCCAAAGUGGAUCAUGGAAAUUGCAAAAGAGAACCAGGAUAUAUUUUUUACGGAUCGCGAAGGUAGAAGAAACACAGAAUGCCUUUCCUGGGGGAUUGACAAAGAACGAGUCCUUCGUGGGAGAACUGGCAUUGAGGUCUAUUUUGAUUUCAUGAGAAGUUUCCAUAUGGAAUUCAGAAACUUAUCUGAAGAGGGUCUUGUUUCUUCUAUCGAAAUUGGAUUGGGUGCUUCAGGGGAGCUAAGAUAUCCUUCAUGUCCAGAAACAAUGGGCUGGAAAUAUCCUGGUAUUGGUGAGUUUCAGUGUUAUGACAGGUACAUGCAAAAGAGUUUACGGCAAUCAGCACUGUCCCGGGGUCAUUUGUUUUGGGCACGUGGACCUGAUAAUUCUGGUUAUUAUAAUUCAAGACCACAUGAAACUGGCUUUUUUUGUGAUGGAGGCGAUUAUGACAGCUACUAUGGACGCUUUUUCCUUAACUGGUAUUCUGGAGUGCUCAUGGAUCAUGUGGAUCAGGUGCUGUCGCUUGCUAGUCUUGCAUUUGAUGGAGCAGAAAUAGUUGUGAAGGUUCCAUCUAUCUAUUGGUGGUACAGAACUGCAAGCCAUGCUGCAGAGCUUACAGCAGGAUUCUACAAUCCUACAAAUAGAGAUGGAUACUCUCCAGUUUUCAGAAUGCUCAAGAAGCAUUCUGUAAUUCUUAAGCUCGUUUGUUAUGGACCUGAGUUUACAUUUCAAGAGAAUGAUGAAGCAUUUGUGGAUCCAGAAGGUUUAACCUGGCAGGUGGAGAUGUUCUAA